CGGAAGAUGUGUGAUGGCUACAGAACUGGGAUAAAGUUAAACAAGUUUACAAAGCAUAUUUUAUCGCCAUGGAGCAUUCAGAUGCUGGUGAUACUGGCACCUUAUCUAUGCGGGAGAAAGCACAAAUGAAAAGACGUGUCACCAGAGAACACAACAGCAACUUCCGUGCAGGGUAUAUCAACAUAAAUGAAGAAUACCUCCACAAAACUGGGAUCCGUGGCAGAAAGCGAUACCUCUUUUAUUGUUUCAUUACCAGCUUGGUCAUCAUAGCUAUUCUCAAUGCUUUGCUAACAGCAAGUCUGGUGUAUUUCUUGCACAUAUACCACACUGGCAUGGAAGGUUUGGAAUUUGUCUCAUCAGGACCAUUAUUGAGAUUCUUACAAAAUACAGAUUUUGAUACAGUCUCUGUUCACCACUCGAGUCUAGGAGCAAGAUAUUUGAAGGAUUUGAAAAUCAGUGGUGUUAAUUCACCGCUAAUUGUCAGAAGUAAUGUGCUAAAUGGAUCAUCUAUUACUAUUGAUGACGAGAAGACAGUAUUUGAGACAAAUAACAUCAGCCUGAUCAAAACCAGCACCCAGCUUCCUUUGAAAAAUGCUCUGAAUCUUCAUGCCUUGUCUAUGGUAGUUGAUAAGCUUACCAGUCGUCGUGGCUACCCCGACCUAUUCAUCGAGUCUAACAAAAGAGUCAUGUUCAUGGGUUCUGAAGGUGUGACGUUGGAAAGCAACCAGAAGACUUUAGAUGUAGAGUCGUCUCUUGGAUCCAUACACCUGAAUGCUUCACAGGGUUCACUGCUAUUCAAUGCCUCUCAUGGACUGUACAUCAGUAGGAAUCUACCUCUGCUUGCACAAGGAUCUGCUGCCGAUAUCUCGCUACUGAACUACAAGCUGUGUGUAUGCAUGCCCAGUGGUCGUCUUUUUGCCGUUCCAGUCACGCGGCCUGGUGCUGGUUGCAAUACUCUGCAUGACACAGUGAAUCCAUGUGAUAAAUAGUUGGACAAUGUGUCUUUGUUAGGGCUGUUCCAGACUUGAUCACAUGAUACAGUUCUUUAGUACACUCACCACUCACAAAAUAAUCUAUAACAAGGUCAUCAUUCUGACCACUGCUUCUCUUUUGAUUUGUAUUUACCAACCACCUUCUUUGUACUUAACCACAUUUAGCAAGGCUAUUUUUAUGCUCAGGUCCAUUUGACUACCAUACACACGUUGUGCUAAAUAUUGUGUAUACAGAUGAUUUCAUUAAUACAACAGCAAUGGAGGUAGCCAUAUUUGUUACUUAACACAGAAGUGGCUAUAUCAGGGUAUGACAUUUUUUUGUUAAAGUUUGU